AUUUACAGGUAAACAUUUCAGAUGCACUUAGAGGGUUUUGCCUCUGAACUCCUCAUAUACAUCACACAAAUAUAAUUUACAUUUUGUGGAUUUAAAUAAUAUAUUUAGAUUUAUCAUUUCAUAUCUUGAUUUAUGCAUAUAAUUUCAGGCUGUGUCUCUUCUAUACCCUCUACUAUUUAGAUUACAGCUUGCAGAAUUCAGCGUAAGGGGAACUACAAAUGUGUCAAUAAUUUCCUCUUUCCAAAAUGUCUAAACACUGGCAGUUUGUAUUUGUUUUAAGCAUCGCUAUUGCACUAAAAACACCCGGUGAACACACAGCAUGAAUCAAAGUUAAAUCGUUGCAAAUUAAUAUGUACACAAUGUUUUAAAUCCUAGUAUACCAUUUAGAAAUAUGAAAAUACGUGUUAGAUGGCUAUGGUCCAACAGAAACAUCUAUAAAGUAAAUGUUUGGUAUGUUGGACUGGAUUUCGUCAUAUAUCAUAACAGGACAAAAGGAAUGUGUGUUGUCUCCAUCAAAUGCAUGGCAGGAUGUGUCUGUGUUUAUUCUGCUCUAUGUCCGUGACAGAGAAUUGAUCUUAUAUAAUCGGUGUUCUGGUUUGGAAAUGUGGAAUUUCCUCUUACUGGUGACAAACCUUCCUUUACAUAAAAGCAGGGAUUCCCCCCAUAACCUGCUCAUAAAACAGAGACUGCUGACAACGCACCCAUGUCUUUACAGUGCUCUGCUGCUUCAGUCGGGAUCUUCUUUCAUCAUUAUUUUAUCAUGACCAUCAACAGAAAGUGUGUCAUUGACGUCUGUACAUGCAUUAUAAUGCUUUCCAGGGCAUUCUUCAUCAACGCUGCACCCCCUUUAAAAGACAGCUGUGUGGUGGUUGGUCCAGAGAUCCCCGAUCAUCACAUUCAAGAUGAACCUGUUAUCAUAAAAUUCCCAUUUCUUGAAGAUGCAAUCCAAUACAAUAAAGUGCAACUGGACAACAGCUCAAUAUUCCACAUCCGUCACAACAAAACGAAAAAUGGUAGCAGUCUGAAGAGUUGUGAUAGGGUGAGGCAGAGUGGGCGUGGCAUCUGGCUCCUCCCAUCGCACCCUUCCGAUUCUGGACUUUACACUUAUGUUUUCAGGGGAGAUACAUUCUGCUUCACUGGAAGUAUUUUCAUAACCAUUUAUGAGGCAGAGGAACCCAGCAAGACUGUAAUGCCCUAUGCUGCACAUGCAGGAGAGGAUACAAGAAUUAUUUGCCCCUAUUUGAAAUAUUUCAAAAGGGCAGAAAAUCCAAAGUGGUACAAGGAUUUCCAGAGCACAGCUCUUUCUGUCGAUAAAGGACGGUACACAAUUGAGAGAGAAAUAAUAUUGACCAUCAAAAACAUAUCAAUGAAAGAUCAGGGCUUCUACACUUGUAGACUAAGAGUGAUUAUCAACAAUACUCAGUACAAUGUGAGCAGAACCUGGAGAGUGUCAGUCACAGACCUUUCUAGCUCUGCACCUGUAACCUCUGAAAACCACAAAGCUUUAGCACCAUCAAGGGAUUUAUUUCCUUAUAUUAUCUUUCCUCUUAAUGGAUUCCUGAUCAAAAGUCACUGUGGUUCACGGUUGGAGAUUCCAUGUACAGUGUCCUUUGGAAACCAAUCAGCUGAGUCUACAGAAGUGACAUGGGUGAUUGAUGAGACAUCAGUGGAGAAUUCUUAUCUGGGUGAACGUGCCUUCCAGACAGAAAAGAAAAUCUUAGCCAAUCACAUUGAGGUGAAGCUGGUUAUCCUCCAGCUGCAAGAAGAGGACAAUGGAGCACAAUUAAAGUGCAUCAGUCAAAACCAGGCCCAAAAACAGGAAGUUGUUGCUCAAAUAAAAGUGGAAGUUCAAGACUCAAAGUCUUUGUGGUUGCUGGUAGCCAUGGCCCCCUGUUUUAUCGUUGUUGGGUUUGUUUUUCUGUAUCAUUUGUGCCAAAGGCCAGAGAAGCAACAUGAUUAUGUUCUGGCUUCACAAAAUAUUGUCAUUUAAAAAUUCUACCUGUAACUGUGUAAGUCUCUGUAACUGUUCGUGAUUCUGUCAUCUUGAUCUGUUUUGUUGCAUUACCUUCAUGUUUUUUUAAGGUUUGGUGUCCCACUUCUUGUCCUUUAUUCACAGCUAACUGUGAUUGUUUACAGAUGUUUCUGCUAUCGUUGUAUGUUUCCAUUUUGUGCUAUUGAAGGCAGUGGCUGCUGGUGCUAAAGAUUUUUUGGGGGCGCACACAAACUGUGUAAUUACUGUAGUAAUGCAGGACUGUAAAUAGCCAUUUAUCAGGUAAUGAAUAUCAUCAUUACUGCUUAGCUAAAAUGCUGAAAAUGUUACUGUUGAAGUCAACUUUUAAAGCAUGAAAUAAAU